AUGCUCUUCAAUUUAUCGAUACCGGAAGUUAAUGAGGAACGGAACCGAAUGGAACUACAGGAAUCAUUAAUAAAAGAAGCGGAUAAAGAACAAAUAGCAUCGCCUAUUAUACCAAUCCAAGGAGUGAGUGCUGAACAAGGAUCACAGCAUCCUGUAUCUCCAAAAAAGAAGUGGUUGAAAAGAUAUCUGAUGAAUCAUACCGAUGAAAAGCUACGUAGUUAUUCGGAAUGCAACGAAACUUUCUUUCAAUCAUCUGAUCUGAAAAGGCAUCUGAUAAAUCGUACCAGUAAAAAAUCGCACGGUUGUCCGAAAUGCAAAAAAAAUUUCUCUCAAUCAUCGCAUUUGAAAAGACAUAUGAGAAUUCAUACCGGUGAAAAGCCUUACAAUUGCACAGAAUGUGGAAACCGUUUCUCUGAUCUAUCGGCUUUUAAAAGUCAUAUAAGGAUUCAUUCCGGUGAAAAGCCGUACGGUUGUCCGAAAUGCAAAAGAAAUUUCUCUCGAUUACUGGAUUUGGAAAGACAUAUGAGGAUUCAUUCCGGUGAAAAGCCUUACAAUUGCACAGAAUGUGGAAAACCUUUCUCUGAUCUAUCGGCUUUUAAAAAACAUAUGAGAAUCCACACUGGUGAAAAGCCGCACGAUUGUUCCGUAUGCGAUAAAAGAUUUUCUCGAAAAAGUGUUCUGAAUAGGCACAUGAAAACUCAUAGCAAUGAGAGCUCCUCUUCCAGCUGGACUGCAUUCAACCAAAGCAAUUCAUUAUAA